AUGUUAAAUAUUUAGAAAGAUUACAAGAAUCAUGAACUCCUUAAGGAAAAGUGGAACUUGGACACUGAAAUAGAUGGAUUUAUUGGGUUCUUGAAAACUACAUUAUCAUUCUCCUAUAAAUAAAAAGAAAGUUGUCACGCUAUUGAAUAUUAUCAUCUCAGAGCUUCCACGACAAAAUAUCCAAUUUAAUCAAAAUGGUUAGGAGUUUCAAUCAGAAAGUUUCUUAAACUCAGAGAUGAUUAUAUUUUUGUGAAAAGAAGUAAGUUGAUUCAAAUUGAUCAAGAGAAGAAGAUAAGAAUUUGCAAUGUAUUUUGGAAGAUGAUUUCACAAACAAGAAUUUAAGAAUUCGUUACUUAUGGAUUAACAGAAAUACCCAAUUUUGUAUAUGCAAGAUAGGGAGUAAGUUGGUACAUUUCAGCAGAUGACUAAGCGACAGAAGAAGAAGAAUAUUUUGUUGCCAUUAAUAUGAUUGCAAUCAUAUUAAGGAUCAUCAAUUUGAGAAUGGAUGUUUAGACCUAAUUAAGAUCGAAGACUUAUGUAAGCUCAAUCAUUUAAGUUCAUUUUUCCUGUAAUCUUAGAUGGACUAUCAUAUUAAACAUGGAUUAUAUAUAAAAAUGGAUUGAAAUUUCUUUAUAAAAAAUCUUACUCAAAAGUUUUAGAGAAUGUGUUUGCAUUACUUACUUUAAAUUUUUUGUUACUCUUUAUAAGUAAUUUAUAUUCUAUUUGUAUUUUUUUCAAUUAAUAUUCUGA